AUGGAUGCUCUCACAGCCUCGCUGGAUGCUCUGGUCACUAAUCCCGAGCUUGCGCCGCUUCUGUCCCUCCUCAAGGGCAUUCGCAAUGGCGCUGUCUAUGGGGCCAAGGUCCGCUUUCCGCAUGCUCUGGUGAUGAUCUUGCUUUUUCGCUCAGGAACCUUCCGUGAGAAAGUCAAGCUUGUCUUUAAAGCCACGCGCCAACAUGCUCGGAACCUGGCCACCUUUGCGCUGAUAUACAAGGGCUCAAUGAUCUUGCUGCGUAAUAUCAAUCCGGUUGCUGUUGGCAAAGAAGGACGAUACGAUAGCUUUUUUGCUGGGUUGCUAGGAGGCUAUGCAGUCUUUGGUCGGCAUAAAACGAGUAUCACUCAACAGAUUGUGAUCUAUAUCUUCGCUCGUGUAAUACUUGCGUUAGCCAAACUUGCCAUUCGUCCAGAUAUGCACCCGCUCUCCUCUCUCAUCACUCCGCAAACGCGAAGUCAGAUGGAAAGCCAUGCCUGGCCGGUCUUUGCCAGCUUAUCCUGGGCACUUGUUAUGUACAUCUUCCGUUGGUAUCCAGAUACAUUGAUGUCAAGUCUGCGGAGUAGCAUGGUGUACAUUUACGCAGAUUCCGAUCACUGGGACUCGUUCCGCAAUUUUUUAAUCCACAACAAAUGA